AUGUCACAACAGGCCAAAAAUUCUCUUAUCAAAUUAAUUGUUGCUGCAGGGCAGGCCGCCCCAACUCCUCCUGUGGGCCCUGCAUUAGGUUCCAAAGGUAUCAAAGCCAUUGAUUUUUGUAAAGAAUUCAACGCCAAAACAGCCAUGUAUAAACCAGGUAUCCCAAUACCUGUAUUAAUUACAGUAAAGCCAGAUAGAACAUACACUUUUGAAUUAAAAUCACCGCCAACUGGGUUUCUUCUAUUAAGAGCAUUAGGCAAAGAAAAAGGUGCCAAUCAACCGAAUAUAAACAAAAAGGAGGGUACAAUAGGUGAAUUAUCAUUAAAGCAUGUUUAUGAAAUUGCGUUAAUUAAAAAAACUGAUGAGAGACAUGCUCUUCUUAGGAUGGAAGGUAUUGUUAAAUCAAUUAUUGGUGUGGCCAAGAGCAUGGGAAUUAAAGUAGUACCAUAA